AUGGGGGUAGCGCAUCGCUUUAACGAGAAGCGCGCGUUUCGCAGGCAAGUAGAGGCCGCCGGCGGCGGCGGCGCGGGAGAGGGCGCGGCCGACCGGCGGCACGCGCUGGGCUGGACGGCGCUGAUGGUGGCGGCGGCCAACGACCAGGUGGCGGCCGUGCGCGAGCUGCUGCGCCUGGGCGCCAGCCCCGACCUGCAGGAGCGCUACGCGGGCGCGGCGGCGGCGGCGGCGGCGGCCGGCCUGCACCCGCUGGACGCCAUGCAGCGCCGCGAGGAGGACUUCUGCCCGGGCAUGAACUCGCGCGCCUCCUUCCUGGGCUGGACGCCGCUGCACUACGCGGCGCUGGCCGACUCGCCGGCCGUGGCGGGCGCGCUGCUGGACGCGGGCGCCGACCCCACGCAGCGCGACCACGCCGGCCGCCGCGCGCUGCACUACACGCGCGACCCCUCGCCCACGAGGGACCUCAUCCUGCAGCACACGCGGCGCUGGGAGGAGGCGGAGGCGGCGGCGGCGGCCGAGGAACGGCGCCGGUUCCCGCUGGAGCAGCGGCUCAAGCAGUUCAUCGUCGGCCAGCAGGCGGCCAUCGAGACGGUGGCGGCGGCGGUGCGGCGCAAGGAGAACGGCUGGGCGGACGAGGAGCACCCGCUCGUGUUCCUGUUCCUGGGCUCCAGCGGCAUCGGCAAGACGGAGCUGGCCAAGCAGCUGGCGCGCUACAUGCACCGCGACGACCCCGCCGCCUUCAUCCGGCUGGACAUGUCGGAGUACCAGGAGAAGCACGAGGUGGCCAAGCUGAUCGGUGCGCCGCCCGGCUACGUGGGCCACGAGGAGGGCGGGCUGCUGACGCGGGCGCUGGCGCGGCGCGCCGACGCCGUCGUGCUGUUCGACGAGGUGGACAAGGCGCACCCCGACGUGCUCACCGUGCUGCUGCAGCUGUUCGACGAGGGCCGCCUCACCGACGGCAAGGGCAAGCUCAUCGAAUGCAAGAACGCCAUCUUCGUGAUGACGUCCAACCUGGCGGCUGACGAGAUCGCGCAGCACGGGCUGCAGCUGAGGCGCGAGCAGGAGGCGCGCUCGCAGCAGCGCCAGCCGCAGCAGCCGCGCCCGACGCGGCUGCGGCCGACGCGCGUCGAGCACGACCCCGACCCCGACCCCGAGCCCGACCCCGACCCCGACCCCGACCGCGCCGAGGCGGCGCUCGAGGUGUCGCGCCACUUCAAGGACGGCGUGGUGCGGCCCAUCCUGAAGCGCCACUUCGGCCGCGACGAGUUCCUCGGCCGCAUCAACGAGAUCGUGUACUUCCUGCCGUUCUCGCGGCAGGAGCUGCUCACGCUAGUGAACAUGGAGCUGAAGCGCUGGGCGGAGAAGGCGCUGGCGCGGCACGCCGUGGAGCUGCAGUGGGAGGGCGGCGUGCUGGGCGCGCUGGCCGACGGCUACGACGUGCACUACGGCGCGCGGUCCAUCAAGCACGAGGUGGAGCGGCGCGUCGUCAACCAGAUCGCGCUGGCCGCCGAGCGCGGCGCGCUGGCCCGCGGCUGCGCCGUGCUGCUCGCCGAGCGGCGCGGCCGCGUGGCGCUGCUGGUGCGCUGCCCGCCCGCGCGCGACUACACGCCGCUGGACCUGGGCGCCGCCUAGGCGCGGCCUCGGCCCGGCGGCCGCCGCGCGGGCCGCAGUGGCGGCGGCGGAGGGCGCCGGGUGCGAUGCCCACAAAACUAGCUACCGAUGCGUUGGUCGCCGACUGCAAAUGCUUUCAGAAGACUCGAAGGGAGCUAAAAGGAAUCUUAACCGACCGAUAUCGGAGUAGACGAUACGCCUCCUCCAUCGCGACAGUCACUAUCUACAUCUCUAACUCCCGGCGAACUGGAACGGAAUAACAACUUGUAGCGUUACAUUGUUAGUAGUUUCGUUUGCGAAUAUGUAAUAAAACAAUAUCCACGUCUAUAAAUAAUACCACGCCAGUU